AUGGCGAUGACCCAAUUAGGCCAAAAAGGGGUUCGAAACAACCCAGUUCAAGUCCGUGGGUCUGAAGAGAAAUUCUUGUGUUUGGGUGACAAAAUGGAUGCUGAGAAGAAAGCACUUGUCAAGUUCAAGGAAGGCGUAACAGAUCCUUCUGGCAGGCUUUCAUCAUGGCUGGAUAAACUUGAUAUAGCUUAUAAUCAACUAAGUGGCAGGGUGCCAAACUCAUUUAGAUUCAACAAAGAGUGCACUAUCGAAUUGACUACAAACAGAUUUCAGGGUCCUCUUCCACUUUGGUCAUCAAACAUUACCAUGUUGUAUCUAGGGGACAAUCAGUUUUCUGGGCCAAUUCCUCCUAACAUUGGUGAAGUAAUACCUUGGCUAUCAGAUUUAGAUGUCGCUGACAACUCUUUGAGUGGAAGCAUACCCUUGUCCAUUGGAAAUCUAACUGGAUUAAUGACAUUGGGUAUCUCCAACAAUGAAUUAUCUGGUCAGAUUCCUCAUUUCUGGGAAAAUAAGCAAUCCAUGUACAUUGUGGACAUGUCAAACAACAGUCUUUCAGGAACAAUACCAACAACAAUGAGCUAUCUAAGUUUUCUUCAAUUCCUAAUUUACAGGAAGCUUCCAGCUUGGAUAGGAGAAAGUAUGCACGAUUUGUUGAUCUUGCGCUUGCAGUCCAACUCCUUCAAUGGGAACAUUCCUCAUCAAUUUUGUGGGCUUUCCAAACUUCACAUAAUUGACAUGUCCCACAAUCAUCUCAUUGGUCAUAUUCCACAUUGUAUUGGGAAUCUCAAUGGCUUGAAAUCUGAAGGCAUAGAAGAAAGUCAAAUCCCAUCAAGCAUUGGGAAUUUUGAGUGGAUUGAAACUCUUGAUAUCUCCAUGAACCAAAUCUCUGGUCCAAUCCCACUUUCAAUGACUUGUUUAACACUUCUGAACCAUCUCAAUCUCUCAUACAAUAACUUGUUUGAAAAAAUCCCAACCACCAAUCAGUUUCUGACCCAUCAAUCUACCAAGGAAAUGCCGGUCUCUAUGGAAGACCCCUGUCAAUUGAAUGUCCUGACAAUGGCCAAAGAAAACCAGGAGGUGAUGAAGAAGACCGAGAUGGUGAUGGUGGAAGUAAACUUAAGAAACUAG